AUGAAAAGCGCUGAUACCGUAUUCCUGGCCAUACUCCUUCCGAUUGUCAGCUCCCUCAACCUUGACGAAGUUCUCGUCGGAGUCGCGGUUCCACAUUACAUUGAAGGGGUGAUGAACGAUCGUGGGAAUACUGAAUGCGGACUGCCCUCUUUCACAAAUGCGCUACCACUACAGUAUCGCCGGAAUUUGCGGCGUGUUUGGGCGAAUUUUCCGCUCGGCUCGAAGUCCUGUGCUAUGGAACUCCGCCAAACCAAAGCUAUCCUCGAGGGCCUUCCAAUGGAGAUUCGAGAAAAAGCUUUUAAAAAUCCCAGAUACACCCCGUCAACCGCUGCUCUACUACCCGGCACCCCUUUUUUAGCCUCUUUGACAAGCGAGCAGCAGGAACAAUUGACGAAGCUAACUUCGGAUGGGCGCAUCGAAGAACCGGAAAGGAUUGAACUAUUGAAGGCCUGGGCUGUGGAUCAUUUGGAGCCAAAAGCUCAGGCUCGCUUCGAGCAGACGCUACGUUUCUUGACGGCAAAGGCUAGCCGAUUUCAGGAGAAGGUAGCCGCCCUCUCAGCCGAAGCUCGCCUGGCAAUUAAUCGAUUGGAAGACUUGCGCAAGCAAAAGAUGGCCGUGAUUAAUCGAUUGUCGUUGAAUGCUAAAAAGGAACUCGGUGCCAUCUGGAAACAGAAAUGCAACAGUCCAGAUGGCAUUGAUCCGGACUUGCAGCCGAUUGCUUGCUCUUCUGAAACCGAAUCAGCUCCGACAACAGCCACAACCCGAACCACGACGACAAAGGCGAUGCCCCUUUCGAGUCGCAUCGAAAUGGUGACUACGACCACUCCGACCUCAACCCAAACGUCCAGUACUGGAUUCCCAAUACUAAUCGAAACCACCCAAAACCCGCUCGAAUAUUCUACCGUACCCUCGACGAUGGUCACCUCCGAGACGACGCAAAUUGAAGAGAAAGUCUCUUCGAAAUCUGAUAUUCAGGUAUUCCGGAAAACCUCCUCAAUUUAUAAUAUUGUUACGCCUCGGCCGGAUGUGGGUGGGAAUACGGAACCUCCAACCGGCCCAGCUGUCGUGUCCGCUUCAAUGCCCCCUUCCAUGUUUGCAUCCAUGGACCGCGAGCAGUUGUCGGUGAUUUUGAGAAGGAUUUUCCCGAAUUCACAUUUUAGGCGA